GGAAAAAAUGGAACUGCUAAUGUAUGCAUGUGCAAUAUUUGCGCUGCAACUAAUUCAAUUAUCAGGUUCCUUAGGAGUUAGUUGGGAAGAAUGGUGGACCUACGAUGGAAUUUCUGGUCCAGCAUUUUGGGGACUAAUAAAUCCUGAAUGGAGUUUAUGCAACAAAGGUCGACGACAAUCACCUGUAAAUUUAGAGCCACAACGAUUAUUAUUUGAUCCUAAUUUAAGGCCUUUGCAUAUCGAUAAGCAUAGAAUUAGUGGAACAAUAGCAAAUACAGGACAUAGUGUAAUAUUUACAGCUGACAAUGAUACAAUAUAUAAUUCAUACAGUAGCAAUAGCAACAGCAUGAGUGGAAUGGGAAGCAACAUGCAAAUAAGCAACCAAAUUCCGGUUAAUUUAACGGGCGGCCCACUUUCAUAUCGCUAUAGAUUCCACGAGAUUCACAUUCAUUACGGCCUUCAUGAUCAAUUUGGGAGCGAGCACAGUGUUGAAGGCUAUACAUUUCCGGCAGAGAUUCAAAUAUUUGGGUACAAUUCUCAGUUGUACUCAAACUUCUCAGAUGCCGUCUUUCGAGCUCAAGGAAUUGUGGCUGUUUCAGUGUUGCUUCAGCUGGGAGACUUGUCUAAUCCCGAGCUGAGAAUGCUGACCGAUCAAUUAGAAAAAAUACGGUUUGGUGGUGAUGAAACACCAGUGAAACGGAUUUCCGUUCGAAGUCUUCUUCCUGAUACUGAACAUUACAUGACCUACGAGGGUUCAACUACAUCUCCUGCAUGUCAUGAGACUGUUACGUGGAUAGUUUUAAAUAAACCAAUUUACAUAACAAAACAACAGUUACAUGCACUGCGACGGUUAAUGCAGGGCGGUCCCGACCAUCCAAAGGCACCACUCGGAAAUAAUUUCCGACCACCUCAACCGCUUUUACAUCGACCUGUGAGAACAAACAUCGACUUUCGUAGUAAACAGCCCAACGGAAAAGCAUGUCCAACGAUGUAUAAGGAUGUUCAUUACAAAGCCAACACAUGGAAACAACAUUGAAGAUGUUUGCAAACUCAAUGCAUAUCCGAUGAUCUUCCACUUUAAAAAAAGAAUUAAACUUGUAAUGAGAUGUCAUAUUUAAGUAAUCAAUAACCACCAUUUGUUUGGACCUCAGCUCGUUAUGAGUUUACGCCUAAGUAAUUUAUGUUCAAUUAAAAGUGUAAAUAAUGCCAACAAUAAAUCAGAAGAGUGCGGAUUUCCGGCUUGUAUAAAUAGUUACUAUAAUAAUAUGAAAUCAUCAAUUAAGGUUAAAUAGAAAGUUUAAAUUGGUUGAUGAUUUUCAAUGACGACUCGUGUGUAAAGUUCAAUUAAUUGUAUCGUUAAAAUAUCUUAAAUCAAUAGCGCUUAUGGUUUCAAAGCCAUGCCCAUAAGUAUAUUUAGUACAAUAAUUAUCAAAAUAAUCUCUUUUAAGCUCUGUUUAGGAAAACAUGGAAUAAAUACUGGUUUAGUGAUAAAUACUAAAUAAUCAUUUAUUUAGGAAAAAUUUAAAAAAAAUUCAUUUGAUUUCACAAAUUUAUGAAGCUUUUCAUUCCUAGUAGGAAUGUUUGUGGUUAUUUUUUAUUUCUGUAAAUAUGAAACACAAAACAAUGUUGAAAAGCAAAAAUAGGUAAUUCCACUUUAAAACAUUAUAGGUAGUUAAAGGAAAUUGUAAAGGAAAAGUAUGUGGUAGGAGUAAAUUUAUAGCAAAUCCAAAAUUUCUUUUCCUUUUUUACUUGUGGCAGCCACUUGAAAUUUUACAAUUUGUUUCUUGGUUCUUUAAGAUUUCAUUUUUCAUUUUUUUGCUUGAUUUUGUUAUUGUUUCUUAAAAAGAAAAUUUUACAUUUAACGAAAACAUGAACCGCAAACUUCUCUACAUUUUCAAUCUUUGAAAUUCAGUUUUGAAGUUUCAGUUUUUCCAUGAAAAUUUCGCGUUAAAGAAAAGAGUAGAAAACUUACAGAACAAGCGCUUUCAGGUUCUUGUGCCUGUAGUUAUAAACAUUUUUAAAACCUUCAGUGUGAAACUGCUGGUUCUGAUUCCCGCUCUAAGAAAAGUUCAAGUGAUUUGUUUUUUGAGAUCGAAAAAUAUCUGGAGUAAAGUUUUGCUGCAUGCAAACGAGAGUGAGUAGUAAAUAAUACGAAAACUUAUAAUUCUAUAAACUU